CAAAUCAUAAUGAAUUAUACGCGUUGUUGGAGUUGGACUUUGAAAUUGGUUGUAGUUAUUCUCCAUUUUGUAGUAUAUAGAACAUCUAUUAACAAGAAUUAGUAGAAAACCUUGUUUCUAUACCCUUAAAAAUUAUGAGUAGUUUGUCAGGGCUUCCUAGAAGAAUUAUCAAGGAAACUGAAAAGUUACUUCAAGAUCCAGUUCCUGGAAUAAGUGCUGUUCCUCACGAAGACAAUGCUCGUUACUUUAACGUGAUUAUUCAGGGUCCUGACUCUUCACCUUAUGAAGGAGGUACUUUUAAGUUGGAAUUGUUUCUUCCAGAUGAUUAUCCAAUGGCUCCUCCUAAAGUUCGUUUCUUAACAAAGAUAUUCCAUCCCAAUAUCGAUCGUUUGGGAAGAAUCUGUUUGGAUAUCUUGAAAGAUAAAUGGAGUCCAGCGUUACAAAUCAGAACUGUUUUAUUAAGUAUUCAGGCACUGUUGAGUGCACCUAAUCCUGAUGACCCUUUGAAUAACGAAGCAGCUGAUUUAUGGAAGAAAGAUGAACGUCGAGCUAUUGAAACUGCUCGAGAAUAUAUUCGUUUAUAUGCUUCGGAAUAAAACGAUCUUUGCAACUUUAGUCCAU